GUGUUCACACAAGGCCAGCAAGAUGUUUGACCCCAUACUCGUGGUGGUCUGCUGUGCGGGCUUAGGGUUAACACUCUCUUACUUUACACUCGGUAGCUCUCGCCUGCCUCAUCAGUUCCAAGAAAAAGCUAGUGAAGAAGUUAAAGAUAAUGAAAAUUCACGUCCAUCCAAGAGGAGAGUGAUGUUUGUAACCGCCCAUCCAGAUGAUGAAGUUAUGUUCUUUGGCCCAACAAUUCUACACUUCACCCAGAGGGAGGGCGCACUGGUAUACCUCCUCUGCCUUUCUACAGGUGAUCAUUAUGACCAAGGAAGGGUUCGUUCAAAGGAACUCUGGGAGAGUUGCCAUCUUCUUGGAGUAUCCAGAGAAAACAUCCUCCUGUAUAGAUGUGAUGACCUGCCAGACAACCCCUCCAUUGUGUGGCCUACAGUGCGCACUGCCAACCUCAUUAACCAAUAUCUACAUGCUCUUGACAUUGACAUGGUUGUAACAUUUGAUAGUGGAGGUGUAAGUGGACAUAUCAACCAUUCAUCCCUAUAUUCUGCUCUUCAGCAUUUAGUGGAAGAAGAUUAUUUGCCUGAAAAUUGUGAAGCUUUCUCUUUGGACACUGUGAAUAUCCUGAGGAAGUAUUCGUCCCUCCUUGACGUCCCCCUCAGCUAUGCUCUCUCAUCAUGUGCCUUCACUGUAGAUCGUAAGCAGUACUCAAUUAUACAGAGAGCAAUGAGAGCACACAUCAGUCAUAACUGUGACCUAAGUAAUGAUGUUCAGGUAAUGCAGAUAACAGAUUAUAUUGAUUCAAAGAUCUCAUGUUAUUUCUUAUGCAGUGAAAACCAAAUAUGCAGUGAUAUAUCAGUGUAACUUUUUGAUUGCAUUUAAAAGGCACAAUAUAGAGUACACGAUAUAAAUGUUUGUGCAAGUACUUUGAAAGAAUAUUGAUCAUGGUAUUUCAAAUAUUGAUGAUGAUAAUUUCUGUGAUUGCUGAUUAUUUUACUGGUUGGAAUUUGAAGAAAUUAUUUAAUAAAGUAAAGUAUG